AGCAGGAGCCUGAAUCAUUCUUCAGAUUGUCCCCCAAAACAGUCAUUGUCAAAUGAAGUCAGACCAGAGUGGCAGCUUGUGAGUAAUGUGUCUUGUACAAUAAAUCUGUCUUUUAUGUCUUCAGAUUCACAGAUUUUAUAUACGGACUACAGUUUUUUUAUUGUGAUGCUGUUUAAUGUUUUGUGUUACAUUUUGGUAUUUUUCACUCUGAUGUUUUAGAUAUUGUUUGACAUUAAAUUCUUACACAGGUGAUGUGUCUGCUAUGUGUGUGCAUGCAUCUGCCUUUACAGACACUGCACAAAGCUGCAGUCAUGAACGACACCACAGAUGUCAACCAGCUGAAACCUUUGAAAGCCGUGCUCUCCAUGCUGCCAUGUCUUUUCUUCCUGUACCUAAAUGGAGUCAUGCUCUUUGCCUUGCUGAGGAAGCCUGUCUUGCUGGAGUCCUCUCGAUACAUCCUGUUUGCUCACCUGCUGCUCACUGACUCUCUGCAGCUUGUGCUCACGAUGCUGCUGUACAUCGUUGCUGCGACCAUGUUCAAAAUGAUCAACUUUGUGUGUGUUAUUAUCACAACAAUUGCAACCACCGCUACAAAAACAUCACCCCUCAAUCUGGCUCUGAUGUCUUUGGAGAGGUAUGUGGCCGUUUGUUUUCCACUGAGACAUGUAAAUAUUGCAACCACCAGGAGGACAGGCAGUGCCAUUGCUGUGAUAUGGACAGUGGCCUCUUUGGACUCAGUCACCCAGGUUCUCGUUUGGGUCAGCCACGAGAACAAAGGCUUCACUGUGCCAAGGUUGUGUAACAGGAACAGUAUGUUCACGCUAAAGACUUCUACUUUAAACAUGUCCUUCACCAUCAUUUAUUUUGUACUGGUGGGCAUGGUUAUAAUUUAUACAUACAUUGCUAUCAUGAUAACUGUGAAGUCAGCUUCCUCCUGUAAUGGUAAUGCUAGCAAGGCCCACAGGACAGUGCUGCUGCAUCUGUUUCAGUUUUGUCUGUGUCUCUCCUCUACUCUGUUUAGCAGGAUCAAAGGACUGUUGAACAUUAACCGUAACGUGGCCAUUAAUGUUCAGUACGGCCUCUUUUUGGGUCUCAUCAUUUUCCCAAAUUGUUUGAGUCCGCUCAUAUAUGGCCUCAGAGAUCACACCUUCAGACACAUCUUCAUAUAUUAUUUCACCUUCGGGCUCAAAAGCAAUGUGAGGCCAGUUACCAAAACCUGAUUUCAAAUAAAGUAAUUGUGUUGUGUGUUCUCUCUUGCAUAAUCAUGUUUUGUAAAAAAUACAUUAAAUUGUGUUUGUUAUUUUCUUUAGUACCUGACGGGGGGUGUAUGACAAGUGAUCAAAUUCAACUCAGAAAUUAAUUUAAUUAUUAUUACGAUGGAGCUAUUAGAGUAGUAUAUGCUGAGAAUAGAAAUGCUGUUUGAAAUCACGUGUCAUGUCCAUGUGGUGAAGGAUGGAUUAAGAUUUUACUGAUUAAAGAGACGUGGAGAUUUUUGAUCACUUCAUCUCAUUUGAUCACAAAAGCUUU